UGGUAUAUUUCUGAGGGUAGGACGGUAUAUUUGAGAUUUGAUUUUAGAGAGUUUUAGUUUUGUUUAAUUUUUGUUGAUUGCGAAAACGAAUUCAACGCUAACGCCAGCAAAGAGCGUCCAACAAGUCACUUGCAAGUCGAUUAGCCGAGGUCGAUAAGAACAUUGUAAAAGCUCAAACUUAAGCUUAUCCGGAGAACGAUUGAACUUCAGAACUCGAACUUUGUCACCAAGUGGGUCUUCUUCAAUACGUCGCUCGUUUACGAAUGGAAUGAAAGGCAGAAUCAAUAACAGAGGACAACCAACAACACAAAAAAAUACAACAGAUACUGCCUAACGAUUUACAGCACCCAGGUUGCACAAAUAAUUAGUAUUCAAGUGCAUCCUUUGUAGUUGCUUCACAGAUGGCCGCCAUUGGAGAACGUUUCCAAGCUGCCGUCAAUGUAAUCAAAGGACUGCCCAAGAAUGGUCCCUACCAGCCAAGCACCAGCAUGAUGCUGAAAUUCUACGGCCUCUUCAAGCAGGCCACCGAAGGAGCCUGUGACCACAAGAAGCCUGGCUUCUGGGACGUGGUGGGCAAGGCCAAGUGGGACGCCUGGAACGACAAUCGACACCUGAGCAAAGAGCAGGCAAUGCAGCGUUAUGUUGAGAGUCUGCAGGAGAUCAUCGAGACGAUGUCAUUUACAGAGAACGUGCAAAACUUUGUGGGCAGUCUUGAUGGCCUGGGGAACAUCAAUUUGGACGAACUGGAAUUGGUUUCCCCCGGCAUGAGGGAGCUCGCCGAGUCGCAUCCCAACUCGCCGUUCCAUUCGCGCACAAACAGUCCACAGCAUGGAACCAGCUGUAACGGAGAAGAUGAGCCGGGGCCUCCAUUAGCCUCAUCGGAGCCAAUUACGGAGAAUGGCGGCAAUAUUGUGACCAAUGGACACAUUACGCCAUCCCUGAGCAAUGGCUACACGACCAAAGCGACGAACUAUACUCAUGACAGCCACAACUAUACCAACAACAGCAGCGUGGCCAUUGUGGAGCCCUCGGACGAUGAAUACGACGACCCAUAUGAUUUAAGUCACGAAGUCACCCAGGCCAUUGCCCAUAAUACGGAUCUGCUGCGACAAAUCCAAAUCACAAUCACGCGUAUGAACAACGAUGUGGGCGUAGUGCAGCAGCGUGUUCGCAGCUUGGAACAGACAAUAAACGAACUACGCGAUGGCCAAAAGUCGAGAGCAUCGCAUCGGCAACAACCCGUCUGGUGGCCCUUCAAGAAUAUAUCUCCACUGUGGUUUGCUGUCCUCAUUCUGUGGCCGUUCCUCGUGCGCCGAUUUGGGCGAAUGUUGCAGACAUCAUCCGGCCGUAGACGCUGACGUAGAAGGGUGAUUAGACUAGAAAUAGUGGCAUGUGGUAGUUAAAUUUUACUUUUGGUUACGGGCAAAAGCUUGGUUGUCGGCUUUCUUCUAUCCUCGAAAGUUCUUCAUCUACUGUACAGAGUUGGCCUUAUUUAUAGUUUCGCAACCACUGCGGUUAUACUGUUGCAAUAUCUACUCGAUUUUUAUAGGUUUAUUUUAUUGUAUUUGAUGUACCUAUGUAUAUUUAGUUUCGUAGAACAGAAACACGACCUUUUUUGGAACACA